GGCCGGCAGGCAGCGCCGCGCUGGGGGAGCGGCCGCGGUGGCAGCCAUGGAGCCGCUGCGCCGCCCGCUGCUCGGCCUGGCCGCGGUGCUGCUGCUGCUGCUAUUCUCGCCGAGCCCCGGGAAUACCAGCUCAGUAACUGUGCCUGAAACACUCUUGUUUGUUUCAACUCUUGAUGGAAGUUUGCAUGCUGUCAGCAAGCGGACGGGAGCGAUCAAGUGGACUUUAAAAGAAGAUCCUGUCCUGCAGGUGCCAAUACAUGUGGAAGAGCCAGCAUUUCUUCCAGACCCAAACGAUGGCAGUUUGUAUACGCUUGGUGGCAAGAAUAAUGAAGGCCUGACUAAACUUCCAUUUACCAUCCCAGAGUUAGUGCAGGCAUCUCCCUGCCGCAGUUCAGAUGGGAUCCUUUACAUGGGCAAGAAGCAGGAUAUUUGGUAUGUGAUUGACCUCAUGACUGGGGAGAAACAGCAAACCUUGACUUCUUCGUUUGCAGAAAGUCUUUGUCCAUCAACAUCCCUGCUGUAUCUUGGGAGAACAGAGUACACAAUCACAAUGUAUGACACCAAGAAGAAGGAGCUGAGAUGGAAUGCCACCUAUUUUGAUUAUGCAGCUACUAUGCCUGAUGAAGACAUAAAAUAUAAAAUGUCCCACUUUGUGUCUAAUGGAGAUGGACUGGUGGUGACUGUAGACAGUGAGUCUGGGGACGUGCUGUGGAUUCAGAAUUACGCUUCUCCUGUGGUAGCUUUUUACAUCUGGCAACGUGAAGGAUUGCGGAAAGUUAUGCACACAAAUGUGGGGAUAGAAACUCUGCGAUACUUGACAUUCAUGUCUGGGGAGGUCGGACACAUUACCAAGUGGAAAUAUCCUUUUCCAAAGGAAACAGAGACCAAGAGCAAAUUAACACCAACUCUUUAUGUAGGGAAAUACUCCACGAGUUUGUAUGCAUCGCCAUCGAUGGUGCACGAAGGAGUAACGGUUGUGCCCCGUGGCAGUGCCAUACCCUUAUUAGAGGGUCCAAAAACAGAAGGAGUCACAAUUGAAGACAAUGGCGAAUGUGUUAUCACUCCCAGUACGGAUUUAAAGUUCUCAGGCAGACUGAAAGGAAAGAACAAACUCAGCUAUUGGAACGACUUGCUGUUAAUAGGGCACCAUGAAACUCCUUUAUCUGCCCCUACAAAGAUCCUGGAGAAAUUCCCAAGCAACUUACCUAGGAGGCCUGAAAAUGUGAUUCCAGCUGACUCUGAUAAAGUCACUAUUGAGAAGGUUAUUGACAUCGUUGAAGGUUCUGCACCAGAAGUGCCUCCUGCUCUUCCAAAGGAUAUUGAGGAGAAACCUGCUCAGCCUGUUGCUCGGCCAGAAGCUCCUGUGGACUCUAUGUUGAAAGACAUGGCCACGAUCAUUCUCAGCACUUUCCUACUCGUGGGCUGGGUGGCAUUUAUCAUCGCCUAUCCAAUGAGUGUACAUCAGCAGCAGCAAAGGCAGCAUCAGCUGGAAGAGAAGAUACAGCUCUUGCAACAACAGAAGCUGCCCUUCCGUGCUCCCAGUGAUCUGCCACCAGAAGAUUUCUUGGACACCUCCUAUGGACAGACAGACAGCUCUGCUACCAGCACACCAAAUAUGUCGCCCAAAGCAUCAAACCAUUCUGCAUAUUCCAGCAUCUCCACAUCUGAUGUUGGGAGCUGCCUUUCUACAGAGCAAGAAGAGGGAGAUGAUGAUACCAACAGAGUGAUGGUUGGCAAGAUUUCAUUUAACCCAAAAGAUGUACUGGGGCAUGGAGCUGAAGGAACAAUUGUUUACAGGGGGACGUUUGAUAACCGUGAUGUUGCAGUGAAAAGAAUUCUUCCCGAGUGCUUCAGCUUUGCAGACCGUGAAGUGCAGCUGCUGCGAGAGUCGGAUGAGCACCCGAACGUGAUCCGCUAUUUCUGCACGGAGAAGGACCGGCAGUUCCAGUACAUCGCUAUCGAGCUGUGCGCCGCCACCUUGCAGGAGUAUGUUGAACAAAAGGCCUUCAGUCACCAUGGCUUACAACCUAUUACCCUCCUGCAACAGACGACAUCUGGUCUCGCUUACCUGCACUCCCUCAGUAUUGUGCACAGGGACCUGAAGCCCCAUAACAUCCUCAUCUCAAUGCCUAAUGCCCACGGGAAAGUCAAAGCGAUGAUCUCAGACUUUGGCCUGUGCAAGAAGCUGGCAGUGGGCAGACACAGCUUUAGCAGACGGUCGGGGGUGCCAGGAACAGAAGGGUGGAUUGCCCCAGAGAUGCUGAGUGAAGACUGCAAAGAGAACCCUACGUACACCGUGGACAUCUUUUCAGCAGGCUGUGUCUUUUACUAUGUGGUAUCUGAGGGCAGCCACCCCUUUGGCAAAUCUCUGCAGCGACAAGCCAACAUUCUGCUGGGUGCAUACAGCCUGGAAUUGUUGGAUGCAGGGAGGCACGAAGACAUAGUGGCUCGUGAUUUAAUAGAGCAAAUGAUAAACAUGGACCCUCAGAAACGUCCAUCUGCCAGCUGUGUGCUCAAACACCCAUUCUUUUGGAGUUUAGAAAAGCAGCUCCGGUUUUUUCAGGACGUCAGUGACCGGAUAGAGAAAGAAGCUUUAGAUGGUCCAAUAGUCAAGCAGUUAGAAAGAGGAGGAAGAGAGGUGGUGAAGAUGGACUGGAGGGAGCACAUCACUGUUCCUCUUCAGACAGAUCUUCGAAAAUUCAGAUCGUAUAAAGGAGGCUCAGUUCGGGACCUUCUGAGGGCGAUGAGAAAUAAGAAGCACCAUUACAGAGAACUGCCUCCUGAGGUGCAGGAGACCCUGGGCUCCAUCCCAGAUGAUUUUGUACAUUACUUCACAGCUCGGUUCCCUCACCUGCUCUUACAUACCUACCAUGCAAUGCAUAUCUGCUGCCACGAAAGACUGUUUCAGCACUACUAUGAUCAGGACUCUGCAGAGAAGAGCAUUGCAGGAGAUGCUGUUUGAGAGCAGAGCAAGCUUUCUUCUCUGGAACCAACAUUCCAAGCACAAGGCUGUGAAACAGGCCUACCUUUUGCAGGGAAAAGCAGGAUCAAAGAGCUGAAUUGUCUCUUUGAGGAAACCAAGCUUCCAAGUGCCUUGUACUGUGCCUGCACUGGAUCAGGAGAUAGUAGGAGACCAAGGAGCAAUGAAGCUGCAAAAGCAAUGAACCCUGGUGCUGGAGUUAUCCCAAGGAAGGUCUCAGGAUAAGCGAAGAGGGAGAGCAAAAGCUGGAUAUAAGCAUCAUCCACUAUCCCUAUACUGUACUUGAUGUUGUAACUUGUGUUUUAAUGCAAAGAAUCAAAAUACAGUAACUGAAAUUAUAGAAUUAGUAGGGGGUGGGACCUGCAAAAGGAACCUUUUAGCUGCAGCAAAUCAGAGCCUGCCAUUGCACUACUGCCACACUGCAUUAGGCACACUGCAGUGAGGGGAGAGGGAAUUGUUUUUAGUGAGGCAAAACCUCUAAAAAGACUCACCCUUGUUAAAUCAGCAUUACCUGGAAACAGACCCUCCUAUUUGAGCAGAUGAAGUUAGAAAACUUGAAAAAAGUUAAAGGCUUCGCAAACCUCACUGUUUUAAUGUCAGCCAGUAUUCAGAGGAGAGCUAGAGCAGUACUUAAACCAGUGUCUGCACAAGUAACUUCAGGAGAUACACUGAUGUCAGCAAGGAACUGCUCCUGAAAUGGUAAUGAUUCACCCACUGCAAGCAUUCCUUCCUUUCUUCUAAGGAAAAGGAGUGGCAGCUGCAGAGCCAGAGGUAAGAAAUGAGUCCUGGGUAAAAGAAGCUGAAUGGGAACUGAGACAUAUCAAGCAGUGAAUUGAUAGGAGGAAGAAAGCUGCAAAGUUACCUCAUUUUCUGCUUUAUGUCCAUGGGAACCUGUGUUUCUAAAGAUGCAGUAUUUCUCUUCUUUGGCCCUAAAGCUGUGACACAAAGCAUCAAGUGUGUGCGAAGGAUGAAGAAAUGCUGAUUUCUAAUUUGACAGAGGUGGGUGUGUUCGUCUGCAAUGUAUUUAUUUAACAUAUUUAUAUUUAUUUAAUAACUGUUUUGAUACCACUUCCUAGUAAAAAGUGGUACGAGUACAAAGCAUGCCAAAUCUUCCUUAAUCAUUUUUGUAUUUAUAUUUAAUCAUAUUAUAACAACUGGAAAAGUUAUACUGCAUCUUUCAAAAAAUUCAUUAGCUAGAGGAAAAGUGGAUUGAUCUGGUUGUGCCAUUGUGUCUCCAAUAAAUCAUGGACUGUUCUGUGUGUGAGCGAUUGGGCACUUACAGUGACUGUACUGUAAGGUUUUUCCUAGUUUUACAGUGUGAGAGCAAUUUACUAUUUCUACAGCUUAAAGAAAAAAAGUACUUUUAACUAAAGCCUAUUUCCUAUUUUUGUAUUUCUCAUGUAAAGAUCUUUUAUAAUUCUACUAAAUAAAGACUUGUACUCUCAUAAAAUGACUUCAGUGAUGAUGUGUGCCUGUGGAAGUGAGCUACACUGCUAGCACACAUGGAUUAAUGCAGGUUUCAGAACCAGGGCUGGAGAAGGUGCAAGGGAAGGGGAGCAGCACAGUCACACCAACCUCAGGUUCAUGUUUUAGCAUAAAACCCCCCUUCCUGCUAUUCAAAGCUACAGCUGUGGUGCAGGACAGGAGCAAGGGGGGCAGGGGGGAGAAGCAACAAUAAAUAAAGGAAUGUAUAUAAACAUAUAUAUACAUAUAUAAACAUAUAUAAACAUAUAUAAAUGUCCACACCACUACAGACUUGAAAGUCUUCCUUCUAACACACAAGGAGUUUUUCUUUUCAAAGGCACCCAUUCUUACCUCUUAGAAACACAAGGGCCUCGAUUCAAACUCUGCUUCACUGUAUUACAAAGAUAAUUACUAUCUGACUUCCUCCAAACUAACAAACAGAAAAGCCAAGAGAGAAAAAGCAUACACCUGCACUCAGGGUGGCCCUGAUUUAUUUACAAAACAGGAGUCAUGGGGCAGAUUAAAUACAGGCUCAUCCUUUACAUGCUCACAGUCAAAUACGCCAACAAUCUGACUACUGAAUCAAAUCUGGGAGAGCUUUAACAAGCCAGGUGACAAAGCUCCUGUCUUGGCCCCCCUGUAGGCCAUCAGAGCACACCUUCUGAAAUAGUCUCAGACACUGCUGAAAUGGCCUGAGGACAAACACUGCAUCAUGUCACACAGUACUGAAAAUCCAGGAUUUAAUAUUUCAGUAUCUUUUAAGAAAUUAACCUGUGAGUCCAAUGAGUACGAUUAAAUGAGACCAACCUGCCUAGCAGUUAUCCAUGCAGGAGAGCUGCAAGGACAAACAUCCUCAUUUCUCCAGUGCUUUGCUGUUCUGAACAGACAGACCACUUAAUGUCCCCUCCACUAGGUUUCAUGAAAAUGCUAUUAGAUGCUUUCCCCCCAACAUUCCCCUCCCUCUCCAACUUAAUCUAAUUUCUCUGUACAAUCAGUUCAGAAAAAGGACAGUGGAUAAACACCAAAAGUUAAAUAUUAAAAAAGAUUCACUUCUCAUCUCCAGGUACAGACUGCUAAGUUCCUGAAUGGUUUACAGAGAACGAGUCAAGAGUUAUGGUUUAAAUAACAUGAGGGAAAGUGGGUUUCAUAAACACUGUGAAACAGCUAACAUUUCUUGCAUUAAUUUAAAUAGGUCUCAAGAUGAGAAAAAAAAAUACACAGAAGCAGUGUUUUACUUAUAUUUAAUCAGAGACUGUUACAAAGCAGUUUGUAUACAUACAUACGUAUGCGCAGUUAUCUAUGCCUGAAAUACAGUUCACAGAAGGUUCCCAAGGGAUGCCAAUGAUGUUUGCUCCAUAUUUUCUUUGAAUCUUCUUUGUAAACUGAAUGCUAUAAAAAUUAAGCUACAAUUAUUGGUGCUUGCAUGCACUAAAGCAAUGCACAUACUUACCAGUCCUUCUGAAAUCAAAUUCAACAUCAAUAUUUUGCCCUUGAUCAAAGAUCACUGAUCCCAUCCCCUUCAUACCACUUACACAAGAGCUGCAUCAAGUUACAAGAACACUCCUGAUAUACUGGCAUCUGUAGCUGGGCUACUGCAGAGAGGGACACAUUUCAAUAAUGUGCUUCACCUGAGGAAGGUAAACAGGAGUCUGAGUUUGCUGCACAGUAACUAAAGUCUCCGAAUGGGCAACCUGAAGUCAUUAAGCAGAAGUCUGAAUCAAAGUGCGAACUGGCUCCCUGUUCCCCACUUACUCCUUCAGAACUGCAUCAGACUGUACAGCUGCUGUAACUGCAUCACAAGGUGAGCUAUGUCUUAAGACUGCCCACUUGAAUAUGAAAGCUCAGAUUCCUCCUGUUUUGUCCCAUCUCAAAAGAAAAUAAACUUAAUUCUACCAAAAAAUACUUCAACUGCCAUGAAGUUUCACAGAGAGAUAACAUCCUACUGCAAUUCACACUAGGAUCUAUCCCAAAGAAAUACAGUUUGUUGAUGAAAAAGUAAAGAACUUCAUUCAUUGCCAAGCUGGGGUACAAGUAGUGCAGGUCAGCAUUCACCCAUGGGCAGAACUGAGUUUUCAAAUAGUAAUCCAGCAGCCAAAAGCAAUCCGUUACUUAUUCUUACUUACAGUAAUUAUUACAGUGCUCAGUAAAUGAGGAUCAACUACACAAGGCAGAAGGAAGAGGCACAGUCUGUUAAGAUAACAGCCUCACAGCGAGGAAUUCCUAUUAAACAUGCCACGAAGUUGUAGGAGACAGAGGCAAAGAUAAGCUACAAAAUUUAUUAUGCAACUCUUGUUUUCCUCUAGGGAAAAACACCCAAGCAAAUUUAUUGAAGGUUACACAUCACUACUUUUGCAAAGCAAUUCAGUGUGAAUGCCCGAAAACCAACACAAAGAUGCUGGGAGAUGGGCUGUGUCCAACUAUUACAAGCACUGGGAAUCCCCUUGAAACCUCACCUUUCUUUGAUGAGACCUGCAACAUUACAUACAAGUUCAAAACCCCCAAACAAGCAAUACUGCUGAAGUGUCACUUCACUCUUAACUAGUGAAAAGCAUUACGUGAGCCAGUGAAACGUCUGUCUGGGUUCUGCACUGCUACAUCCUUGUGUAAUUAUCCACCAAUGGUUUCCAAGAGCCCCUCAAAUUCACUGUGUGAUAAUUCACUUACCAAGUGUAAGUUAAGGCACAGAGCUUCACAGCUUAUCCAGCAGUGAACCUAUCCUAUGUGCCACAGCACAGAAGACUUUCAUCUCCCACACUGAUGUGUGGAGAUGAAGCAUACGAGGCUUAACUAGAAGUGGGCCAUAAGCCAGAGAACAAGCAGCUCCUGGCAUACCAGCUAUACAGAGCAAAAUUCUAUUGGUAGCAACAAUAAUUAACAACUAAAGAAAAGUUACAGUACAGCUACAAAUUCUUACAAACUGAACUGCUUAUUCCCCAGCACAAGUAUCCUGUAAUUGGCUCACUGAUAAAACUGCCUUCUGCAAUAGGCAAUGAAUGGAGAACUGGCUGACUUUAAAACACCAAAGGCAGCCUGGCUUGCACAUAGUACCUAAUCCACAAGCACAGUUAAAAUCAUUAGAGACCUUCAAAAGAUUAUCUAGGUAUUCACUCACUACUGAGCACAGCAGUAGGUAACAAAGACACAGUGACAUUUCAGAGAUCAAAAUUCCCUUUGUAUUUAAAAGGUAUCAUUUGAACAUAUUAUUUUAAAUAGGAACAUCAGGUACUUACAGAUUAAACUAACCUGUACUGGCAGUGCUGUAGGAUAUUUCUUCUCUACCAGUAAGUAGCAAAUGCUGAAAUUCUGCUGCUAGUUGACAAAAACACAAAUUGUAUUAAACCAAGGAGUUCAACCCAUAAUUUAGUUUUUCAAUUAAAAAAAGCUGCCGAACUUCAAUUACUACAAUUUGUCACUUAUGAAAAGCAUAUGAAGCGAAGGCAACUAUAAAAUCACUUUCAAUUUGCCUUUACGUUUCUGUUAUUUUGAUAACAAGCCAGAAGUUUAACAAGGUAACCCCACUGCCUAACACAAAUAGAAAGGAAAUCACAAUACUUACAUUGCCAGGGUCCUUCAUUAAAUACUCUCAUAAAGUGUUUUCUUAUUCUAGACUUUACAAAUGAAAGAGCAAAAUGUAUUUUCUUCGACUAGAAGCUAAAGAAGUCAGUGCCUGCAUGUAUCACACACUUCUACAACACAAUGGGGGGACAAAGAGAAAGAAAGAAGCUUUGCAAGACAUCUUUAUUUCACAGCAUUAUAUACUUCCCUAAGCUGGGACACUGAAACAGUUUCCAUGGUUGUAUGGCAUAGUUUUUGGGUAAUUCUAAGUUGCUACCAUCCAAAACCAUUUAUAGAUACCGAUUACUUCAGGCAGCAGAAGUUGAAAUUCAACACCUACCCUCUUUGAGAAGAACCUGGGAAUGUGGCUAAGAUGUAGGGAAGAUUUAAAAUAAAAUUUGAGACAUGAGAAACCUGGAUCUGCUGUAACAUAGUUACCUAACACACUGUAAUGCCAACAUGUGGAUCAUCUGCUUGUGGUUAACAUGCUGCUUGCACUCAAUCUCUACUGUUUUCUCAGGAUGUUUCAGCUUCCCUGAGAAACACGAGCAUUAAGGUAUGCUCAGGACUUAUCUGCAGAGAAGCUCAGUUUAUCGUUAUGAAGCGGCAGUGCUGCUGCCUGGUGCUACUGCAGGUGAGCCUAAAGCAAUAGAACAAGUCAGCAUAAACUUGUUCCGAAGGGACAAGGUGCGUUAUUACUCACAACAGAAGUCCGGUGCACAAAUGUAAGUCCUCACCGACAGCCAGCACAGACUCAUCAGGACGCUGAGAGCAAAGGAGUGAAGGAACCAGCCAGGAGCACACAGCUCAGGACGGGAUGCUGCUGGCUGCAGAGGCGGCACGCCGAGGCGCCUGGCUCCCUCACACCUCCCAAGAACUUCCACGGAGCAAAAGAGCAUUCACUAUACAACAGAAUCUCUGAGUUCUGUACUAGAAUUGUAUUUUCUUCCAGUAGAGCCUGAAUAAAAAUCUGUGUUCUCUGAUAAUCAAAAGAUUGCAUAAAGCUGCUGUUUAAAGGAGAAUACAAGAAAAUUAUCAGAAAGCUUUUUUCAGAACUUCCCAAACAAAUCAGCUCCAUACGUAACACUUCAGCCACUCAAUGAACACUCACUCCAUCCCCUGCAGGGCUGACUCUGAGACUUCUCACUCCCCAACUCCUGUUUACCUCACUUAGUUCUGACUGAAAAUCACAGCAGUCACUAUCACUGCAUUUCUGAAGCAACUGCCAGCAUUUCACUGGUUUGCUGCCUUGACUGCAGGUAUAUAUGUACUUUUAAAAGGUAAGUUUGGACAUGGCCUGCCCUCACAGUACUACAGCUCAUAGCAGUUAUCAGGCAUGGCACAGAAUAGUUCUAAAGCCAACCAGAACUCCUGCCGUGCUACGUACUUUUCUACGUCUCUCCUUCACUCCUCAGCACCAGUGGGUUAAAAUUCACUCAGUUUAGCAGAAUUUCAGGCAUUCCUAAUGUUUAAGAAGAGUCACGUAGCACUUCACAAUCUUAAAAACCAAGCUCUCUAAAACCUGCCUCCACUACUGCCUAUGAAAGUCAAUUCACUAAACUAUGACAGUCAUUAGAAAUGAAAUUCCACAGUGCAUUAUACAGCUUUAUGACACUGCUGCAAUACUGACAGCACGCACUGGAGUGCCAGUAAAAACGCUGCCAACCUUCCAAAUCAAUAAAUUCCAUUUACAGUGUAAGUUUCUGUUGGUACUACCCUCCUUAGAUCCAGGAGGCACGAAGGAGGUCACCAACAAAGAUCCACCAAAAGAACAAGAUGUGAACCCUUUGCCAUCAAUGGGAACUUUUCAGGUUGUUUUAAAGAGAUGACAGGGCAGCUAUUCUGACAGCUGAGCAGAUACUUGCACCUUGUCAGCAUGCCAUCCUUUGGACUAGAAAGACAGCAGUACUCUGCACACAUACCUUUUAGGACGAGGCACAAAGCAAACGGAAAAUGCACAUCAUUAGUUGCUGUAAAUUUAAGCACAAACAUUAGUCUGUGGUAACAGGUCAGAGUAACACGGAUAUAGCCUGCUAAAAACACCAACACCCAAACAGGGAACAGGUUGGUCCUGUCCAAUCCAUGGAGACUUACAGAAAAGGACAGCGAUGUAAAGGGUAGAAGCAAAGAAUGUCUGAACAACAGGAAAAACCUAGAGCAAAAAGCCUCAGUUCAUAAGGUAUUGUCAUGGAAUAGCAGGACAUGGAAUUAUCCUGGAGUCAAAUGCAUCUUUCAGAAGCAGUGUGAAAUUCAUUUUCUUGAAAUUUUCCAAAAGCUUUAAGAAAAAAAAAUCCAUAGCAUUGUGAUGCUAUGAAGUGUCAUGUGGUGUGUGAAAUCAUGCAAAAAUACAAAGAAAUGGCUCAUCUGCUUGGAAGUAUCAGUACACACAGCUUGAUCAACAACAAGGGAGACAGGAACUGCAUCCCUGGCACAUACUUUCCAUGAACAUGUAAACCUACUUAGCUCCAAUAAAAACAGAAGUUUGCUUUGAGAAUGUUCAGCUCUCAGCAGAAUAUCAAUGUACUGAGGUAGCCCAAGUGGAUUUAAGUAGGGCACUUCAUUUACAGACAAUGAAGCACUUGUGUGAACUUCAGCUACAUCUUUGUGACACAAGCUAAAUACAAGUAGCUGCAUAAAAACUACCCCAUGCUGCAUCAUUCUUACAUGAAAACUGAUGACAAAAUUCAACACAAUCCAUCCAAAAUUUGUUGGUUUUUUUUCCCCAUCUGGAGUCUUUCAGAGAUUCAGCUACUUAAAGAAGUACAAGUCAUGCUGAAUACUUAGUUAAAUGGCUUCUUUAGAUACUCUGGGGAAAUAAGAACUAAGCCAAAUGCUCCUGAGUAAGUGAAAUAAUGACCAGUUGUGCUGUUGUAUCUUAAAGCACUGUUCCUAAGUGUAGCACCACAGUAAGGAAAUCAGCAAUUACUCUGAAACAGUAAGCAGAGGACACGGCAACUUCCACUCAGAGACUACUUGGGCCCCCCAUGAGAAAUCCACUCCUUAUCCUUCAACGCCACUUACUGAAAAUCUCCAAGUGCGUCAUUACUGAUCCCACUCCUGGAGAAAUGAAAUACAGAUUGUGCUCCACAAAAACAUUAACAACUUCCUUGGACAAAACUUGCUCUUCUGAAGCUCUCUUUAAGCCACCUCAAGCAUUCAAAAUCAGCGUACUCCAAGUGAGCAGCACCAGUUUGUCUUCACAAAGGGUGGAAGUUUUUGCCAGCUAUUCUGCAAAAGUAGUAAAUUCAGAUAGCCAUAACCUUCAGCAAAUUUUGGAUAUGCAACAAGCCCACGUGGUUUCAAGAAAGUAAGAUGAUUUUUUUCCCAGUACACUGAUGCAACAAAUUACUGUGAAGUUCAGUGUAUUUAAGUGAUCAAUGAAAAGGUUUUCCUGAAAGUUACUAGCUGAAAGAACUUCAGCUUUCUUUUCUCAUUCUUCCAUCGACUGGAAUCUCUAGUUCUUUACAGGGCACUACACCAACAUUUGCUGUGGGGCAGCUUACAAAUACAGCAGUCAAUGUCCUCCUCCAUAGCAACUGUAAUUUAGGCUGCAAGUCUGUGUGACAAGGGAUGUCACUUCUUAGUUAAAGUCUAAGUAUUUCAAGCACUUUGUUAAAUACAUCUUCCCAGAAGAAAAAUUAGUAAUUAAUCUGUAGUUUUUGAACCAGCAGCAUGUAUAAAAAGUCACAUUGUCAAAAGCAGAACAAAUACAGCACAAAUAAAACACAGGGGAAGGGGGCAGAGGUACAGUGUGGCUGAAGGACUCCCUGACCAGUCACAAAGGAAAUGUUCCAUAAGUGAAACAGUACCCAAACCUCUCAAAACACGUUCCCUCCCCGAGACUCUUAAAAAAACAGUGAUAAUAAAAAGAUUAAUAUUAAUAUAGAGCCCAUCUACCAAAAGAGAAUUAAAAACCUAAAUUAAAAUAAAAGUAGGGGCCUUCACCAAACUUGCUGCAAGUUUGGGGACAUAAAUAUCCAACAGCCAUAAAGCUGUGAAAGCCCCCAGAACGAAUAAAAUAAAUCCCACUUGCCUCAGACUGAACAGGGCAACACUGAGACUCUGCCUCAGCCUGUCCUAUGGCAGGGCUAUAGGAAGAAGAAAAAUUGGAGUUUUAGAAAAAACAUGACCCAAUUAAGUGAAAGACAUGCAUUCAAAGUUAACAAAAUUCCAGUGAUCAAGCAAACCAAAGGAAAUGACUGCUACAUCACCUAUUUCGGCAGGCCCACGCAACCGUUUGUAGCUAUUUCUCACCUGGACAGUUUGUUCUGUAACUUGAUCAGUGGAACAAAGCCAAUUGUUUUGGGGCGAUUCUCCCCUAACUGACAGUACUGAGUGCUCCAGCACCAAAAGAAGAGGGAAAGACUCCAUCAGCCACUGAAUGUGUUCACACUCACCUUAAUUUUUAUGUAGAAGCUAGACCAGUACAAUUAUUAAGACAUUUACUAUUAUUUUUAAAUAGUAUUAAUUUUUAAAUUGCAGCCCCAGCUCACAGACCAGAUAUCAGUCUCAGCUUAAUUGAAGAGCCAGAAUGCCCUUCUUGCUGUUUAGAAAACUGAGUAUGUAAUUUUCCAUCUCAUAUUCCAAAUGCUUUGAUUCUGUAAAGUAACUCCGGGUUACAGAUUCAAUUUUAGCCAAGCUUUAAGAGAGCAAGUGACAUAGCUGUAUUUAGGUAUCACUCAGUAAGUCCAUAUGGAAAACAACAGCAGAAACCAUAGAAGGCAGAUGCAGCUGAAUGUCUUUCUAGAAGCUUGCUUUUGUUCUCUUAUGCAUGCACAGAGCAAGGAACAGUAAUCCACUGAAAUUAUUAUAUAUACAUCCCAGCCUCAAAUGUAUUGUCAGCACCUGAAAAUCUCAUCUCUAGAAGAAAAAAAACCAAACUCCAAGCAUUUUACAAAAUAAAGACUUUCUGGUCCAUAUACACAAGAUCAAUUUUCAGGAAUUUAUUUAAAGCAGACUCUGUCAAAGUGGAAAGGUAUCCUAAGGACAGAAGAAAACAAUCCCAGCAAGCCUUCUGAUGAACUAGUCUGAACUCCUCUGAGAUUUCCUCAUGUCAGUAUCAGACAUCCAGCUCUAAAAUUCAGCAAAUGUAACAAGAUAAGCCUCUCUCUCAUAAUGGUAUUGAGAGACCAUGUAUAAACUGUUCAGAACUUCAAGAUAUUCCUACCUUGCCUUAACACCUUUUACAUCUUUUCCCCACUUUGUUCAGAGCUUUUUCCUUUUUUUUUCCCCUGUAAUUCAACACUGGCACAGCAUUCAAAUUUAACUGAAGAUUUUGACCCAACUGCAACAUCUCGUUUUGCUAUGAGAGCUGCGACAAGUUCAGACAACAAGGAAAAAACAAAGCUUCUGCCUAUAAUUCUGUCAUUACAGUUCCGUAACACAAGAUAUGUAGUCCUGAACACUGCUGCAAUCUCCUUCUAGGGAAAGAUGAACUAAAGCAAAAAAACUGCAUGCUUGCACUCUAUCAGCAAUUUUGCACGCACAGCUUUGUUGUAACUUUGUACUGUAGAGUUUUUAUACAAGCAAUUAUUCAAAGCUGUUUUACCCUUUUUGGGAAGGGCACCAUAAAUCCAACUCUCUGAACGUUAAGAAGCAGUAUCCAAAGAAAUGAAGGCAGGGACCAACAGACAACAAACGCACAGAAGUACCUGCCUGUUUUCAAAGAGUACACGAGAGACACAACAGUAACUGCAGACAGCUACAUUGCAGCUCUUACAGCACAGAAAGGACAGGAGCAAAGGGAGUAUCCAAGGGAAGAUCACAAAGAAAAACAACUUUCAACUGCUUGUUGCAUAUUAUUAGGGUACAACAUGAGUAAUACGUGGCAGAGCUCAGCUGAGGGUUUGUAACAGCAUUACUACUGAGGAAAGCUCCAUUUUAAGAUGUGUCCACACUCUCAGCCUAGGUACUAUUAGCUACUGAAUGAUUCUAUUAUUGGAAAAAAUCACACAUUUAUUAUUUGAUGGGGGGAACUCCUGGUGAAGACAACUUGCAGAAUAAGCUACGUUCACAGUACAUGCAGUACUCUUCUCAACUACAUUCCCAGGAAAAGUAGGAAUCUGAAAAUAACAUACCAAAGGGUUAUAGAAAGCCACCAAAGGGAGAAGGCAUUUACUUUACUAGGGGCAGGAAGGCUAAGCAUUCUUACAACAGCAAUACAACCUUCAGAAAAAGCAAGAAUUUGCAAAGUUCUAAAAGCAGAAGUUAAGAUCAACGUAUAAUGUAAGAAUUCUAUGUGUAACAUUACAACAAGGGAUAAAUAAAACACAUUAAAGAUCUCUCUAGUGCUUUGCUCCAGGUAUCCCUAUUAGAUAAACAGAAGAAAACCAAGUAGUAAACUAAGGUAAACCAGAAUAUAAAAGUACUGUGUAAGCGUAAGUUCUGUUAGACUUAUGCAUAAAGCAAGAUGAAAAGCUAACAGAAGAUCAGACAUCAAGGCCCACUCAGCACAUCUGCAAGCCAAAUGCUGCACAUCUGACAGGUGAGCGGCAGGCAGCAGUGAUCAGAGAGAACUGCUUCUCAACAGAGGCUUGGAGUUAUGGGCUGAAAACAACACUUCAGGAAAAGCUUGGCAAUUCUUCAUGGUUCUACAAAGGCCGUUAGCUGGCAUCAGUACUGGAUGCAUCAGUGCCUUUAUGACGUGCUCUGUGACACAAAUUUGAUGCUGAGAGACUAUGUAGUAUUCUAACCACUGUACUUCUGAAUGACUGCAGGAAGCACUCAUUAAAGCCAUGUGGAGAAGUUAAGUUUAGAUAAAAAUCCCUCAAGUCUUUCAAGUAAAAGAGCCACAGUGCUCAGGAUUGAGUGGGAAAAAAAUAUCCAUCAAUAACAGAAACACUGUGGAACUUACACUGACACAAAAAUGCUGACAUUCCUUCUGGCACACCCUAACAGAGACAAUCCCACAAAUUAAAUUGCACGGAUAAGGCUUGAGGCUGGAACAUGUAUUUAAAGUUGACCUGCAAACGGAAAAUUCACCACUCUCUACUUGCUGUGAAGAGACCAGGAAUGCUCUUCUCACUUCUCUUCCCUCCAGAACAUCGCCCUCUGCCUUCUCCUUCUCAUCAGAAACACAGAAUGCUAACACAGCCAUGUCAAACAUGCAGAGAACUACAAUCUGGGUGGCCUUCUAUAACUUUACUUAUAAACAGAUAAAUAAUCUUUAUGGAUAAGACUUCUCAUUUAUAACUGUAAGUAGGACCACCGAUGAGGAGGCCACUUCCAUUAAUUGCCUCAGGAAACUUGCAUUGUAUCAGAUCAGAGUACAAAAUGGACAGUUCAUCCCAAGGAAUGAUGAAAUUUGAAGUUCUGAGUAUUGUGGAAGUGGAAAUACAGCACAUAUUAUUCUAGGCCCCUCUGUCUCCUUCACACACCCUGAGAUGAAGUUCUUUUUUCUCUUUUGCAGGUCAACUUCAAUACAAAAACUGGAAGUCACUCACCCAUGUGACAUGCACCUAAGCUUCUAGAAAUCUCCACCUAAAAGGCUCUUGAAACGGGUAUCCUUUUGAACAUUAAAAAGCAUCAGAUGAAGAAUGACCUAACAGGACAAGUCUGGCACUAGGAUGCACCUUGCAGCAACUGCUUUUACAUCCUGCAAGUAAACGCCAGGCUAGAAAUCAUUUAAAAUUUACUGAGGACAAGAAAGCACGGCUAACGAGACAUAUGCCAUUGGGAGACAUUACAACCAAGAUCAAAGAUGUGCCUCCUGCACUCUCAUUUUUCAAUAGUCAGUUAAUAAGUGUACAGGUCUUGCCUACUCAGACGUGCACCUAAACAACUUUUGUAACAACUUCAUGAAAACAGCACCAGUGUGCUCAGUACACCAACAGCUACCAUGGCAUGCAUCUGUACAAACCUUUCAGGCAGUUGUCCGCAGCUGGUCAUGAAUAAAAAGGCAUAUAAAUUUUUAUCUUCUUUUAUUACAAUGAAGUUGAUAACAGUACAGAAAAGUCACACGACCUUAGUGGGUCAGUUUACUUGAACCCUGAAACAGGAGGAAUUCUAAAUACAUUAAAUAUCGUUACAUGUUCAGACUUAAAUGUACAAGUAGUUGGGAACAGUUACAGCCCUCACCAAACUAUGUUGGGGACACGAAGUCCAACAGCACCUGAAGUGCUGUGAAGGCAUCAUUUCACAAAUAGCAACAUAAUGUUACAGAACUUGCCUUUAAGGUGGUAUGUUCAUGUAAUUCCAGCGCCUUCACAAUUUAACGAACCAUAUUUACUAUACUUCACUUCUAAAAACCUAGAUGAAACAUGAAAAAGAAGCCAUACAGUAUAAAUUGCAACAUCAGGAAAAGUUCCUGUUAAUAUUCCAAAUAAAUUUUCCCAUGUAAAAUAAGAAUGUCCAAUAGUUCCUAGUUGCCUUGCAUGUGGGGAAGAUACUUUUUUUUUUUUUUUUUUUUUUUUUUUUUAA